UUUGUGUUGGUUUCUAGCCAUAGAUCUGGUUUCCUUUUCAUUACAAAGACCUGGGUUUUGUUGCUAGCUAGCUAGCUAGCUUUUUAGCUUCUGCAAUGGAGAUCUUCAUCUGUGACCUUGAAAAAGCCGGUCAUAGUUUCAACAGAAGGGGUUCGUUUUGGACUGACGAUGGCAGGGCGCGCGCGGUUUUCUCAGCAUCUUCUGUUAGAGAGGACGAUGAGGAAGCUCUUAAAUGGGCAGCUCUGCAUAGACUUCCUACCUUCACUCGUUUGAAAAAAGGGUUGCUCACUACUCCACAAGGCCAUGCCAACGAAGUCGAUGUGCAUCACCUUGAGCUCCAAGAAAAGAAAGACUUGAUCGAGAGGCUAGUGGGAGUUGCUGAGGAGGAUCAUGAGAAAUUUUUGUUGAGGCUCAAGAGCCGAAUCGAUAGAGUUGGAAUUAGUCUUCCUACAAUUGAAGUUACGUUCGAGCAUCUGAAAAUUGCGGCUGAAACUCAUGUUGGAGGCAGGGCUCUGCCUUCUGUCUUCAAUUGUUGUGUUAAUGUAUUGGAGGUACUAAUAGACUACCACAUUUCAAGUUUUGGAUAGCCAUUGAAACAGCAAAUAGAUGCGGCGCAUGCCUGACAUUUAAUUUCUGGCAUUGACAUGCACAGAAUUGGUACAACUGUUCUAAAAUAGGCGUCAACCCUAUAAUCGACACACAAUUGUGUUUCAUCAUCGUCUGACACCAAGAUAUAAGGCGGAACUUUGCUCUUAGGACAACUGUCAUCUACUGUUGUGUGAUGCAUUUUUUGUAGUAACGCAUAAUUUUACUACAUAAGUAAUUGUACUACAAGUUAGUACAAUUUAUUACAGGAAAUCUGUUCUUAUCAUGUAACUACUGAAUAUACAUAAUCUCUUAAUAAUCUUAA